AUGGGCUCUGACGCCAUCGGAAUCCUCAUGGUGGUUCUCGUCUUUGUACUUAGCAUUGCUGCCCUUAUAAUAUACUUCAUAGACUCCUCUGACCCCAUAGAGUCCUGUCAGAAUUUCUACGAAGAUUUCACGUUACAAAUCGACAUGGCUUUCAACGUCUUCUUCUUAUUGUACUUUGGUCUCCGCUUCAUUGCAGCCAACGAUAAGCUCUGGUUUUGGCUGGAGGUGAACUCGGUUGUGGACUUCUUCACGGUUCCACCAGUGUUUGUGUCUGUGUAUUUAAACAGAAGCUGGCUGGGUUUACGGUUUUUAAGGGCCUUAAGGUUGAUACAGUUUUCAGAAAUUUUGCAGUUUUUGAAUAUCUUAAAAACAAGCGAUUCCAUCAAGCUCGUGAACCUGUGCUCUAUAUUUAUAAGCACAUGGCUGACCGCUGCCGGCUUCAUACAUUUGGUGGAAAACUCAGGGGACCCUUGGGAGAACUUCCAAAAUUCCCAAGUACUUAACUACUGGGAAUGUGUGUACUUACUCAUGGUUACUAUGUCCACCGUGGGAUACGGCGAUGUUUAUGCGAAAACUGCGCUUGGUCGCCUGUUCAUGGUGUUCUUCAUCCUCGGUGGCUUGGCCAUGUUUGCCAGCUACGUCCCUGAAAUUAUAGAGUUAAUAGGAAACCGCAAGAAAUAUGGUGGUUCCUAUAGUGCGGUUAGUGGGAGAAAACAUAUCGUGGUUUGUGGUCAUAUCACUCUUGAAAGUGUCUCCAAUUUCUUGAAAGACUUCCUACACAAGGACAGGGAUGAUGUCAAUGUAGAAAUUGUUUUUCUCCAUAAUAUUGACCCUAAUCUUGAGUUGGAAGCCUUAUUUAAACGGCACUUCACUCAGGUGGAAUUUUUUCAGGGAUCGGUCCUCAGUCCAAUUGAUCUUGCCCGCGUAAAGAUAGAGUCAGCGGACGCCUGCUUGAUUAUUGCUAACAAAUACAGUGCAGAUCCAGAUCAAGAAGAUGCCUCCAACAUCAUGAGAGUUAUCUCUAUCAAGAACUAUCAUCCAAAAAUACGAAUUAUCACGCAAAUGCUGCAGUAUCACAACAAGGCCCAUCUGUUAAACAUUCCGAGCUGGAACUGGAAAGAAGGAGAUGAUGCGAUUUGCCUUGCAGAACUGAAGCUGGGUUUCAUUGCCCAAAGUUGCCUGGCCCAAGGUCUUUCAACCAUGCUUGCCAACCUUUUCUCCAUGAGGUCAGCCAUCCAGCUUGAUGAGGAAACAUGGCAGAAGUACUAUCUGGAAGGGGUGUCCAGCGAAAUGUACACUGAGUAUCUGUCACCUGCCUUUGUGGGUCUGACUUUUCCUACGGUUUGUGAACUAUGUUAUGUGAAGCUGCAGCUGUUGUUGUUAGCUAUCGAAUACAAGAAUGAUCAAGGAGAAAGCAGAAUCAUUAUCAACCCUGGGAACCAGUUAAAGCUGAUAGAUGGCACCUUGGGAUUCUUUAUCGCUAAUGACGCUAAAGAAGUAAAGAGGGCAUUUUUCUACUGCAAAGCUUGUCAUGAUGACAUCACUGAUCUAAAAAGGAUUAAAAAGUGUGGCUGCAAGCGAGUAAAGGACGAAGUUAGACCAACCUAUCAGAAUCGCUUGGUUAAGUCCAACGACAGCACCGCUAACGCGGUUCACAGGGCGCACCCCAGCGGAGAAGCGGCCGAGCUGGUCCCCCUAGUCAAUAACCGUAAAGGAAGCUGCCUCCUUCCCAGCCCGCUGGGCUCCGGGGAGGUGGGCAGGGCGCCGGCCGGCCAGCUCCAGCGAGCUCGCAGCCUGCCUGUAAAGUACAGAUACCGGCCCAGUAACUCCAUAUGCGCUCGCAGACCCCGCGACGAGGAGGCACCAUCAACGCCUAAAAAAAAGCAGAGGAACGGAGACAUGCGAAAUUCUCCAAACAGCUCGCCCAAAAUGACGCGGCACGACCCCUUUGCAGGAAAUGAAAUUGAUCACACGGAAGUAAGCGUGAAGAAGUUUGAUUCCACAGGAAUGUUUCACUGGUGCACAACCAGGGAUAUCGAGAAGGCCAUCCUGACGCGAAGUGAGGCCGCCAUGACAGUUCUGAGCGGUCACGUGGUGGUCUGUAUAUUCGGCGAUAUCAAUUCUGCCGUGAUUGGGCUGAGAAACCUGGUGAUGCCUUUGAGAGCCAGCAACUUCCACUACCAUGAGCUGAAGCCCAUUGUGUUUGUGGGUGCCCUGGAGUACCUGAAGCGGGAGUGGGAGACGCUUCACAACUUCCCCAAAGUUUCCAUUUUGCCUGGUACACCAUUAAGUCGGGCUGAUCUGAGGGCUGUCAACAUAAACCUCUGCGACAUGUGUGUUAUUCUAUCGGCCAAUCAGAGCAGUAUUGAUGAUGCUUCACUGCAGGACAAGGAAUGCAUCUUGGCAUCACUCAACAUUCAAUCUAUGCAGUUUGAUGACAGCAUCGGGGUCUUGCAGGCUAAUUCCCAAGGGUUUACACCUCCUGGAAUGGACAGGUCAUCACCAGAAAACAGUCCAGUGCAUGGAUUAGUACGAGAGCCCAUCACAAGCGGAGCCAAUAUCCGAAGCGUAACAGAACUAGCUCAACCUGGUAAACUGCCACCUUUGGUUUCACUCAGUCAGGACAAAAAAAGUGGAGCCAACAUUCAUAUGAUAACUGAACUGGUGAAUGACACCAAUGUUCAGUUCUUGGACCAAGACGAUGACGACGAUCCAGACACAGAGCUAUACAUGACGCAGCCAUUUGCCUGCGGAACGGCAUUUGCAGUCAGUGUGCUGGACUCCCUAAUGAGUGCGACAUAUUUCAAUGAUAAAAGUCUCACGCUAAUCCGGACACUAGUAACAGGGGGGGCCACCCCUGAGCUGGAGGGCCUUUUGGCUGAGGAGAAUGCCCUGCGAGGUAGCUAUAGCACGCCACAGACGCUUGCAAACAGGGACAGGUGUCGCGUGACGCAGCUAGCGUUGUACGAUGGUCCUUUCGCAGAUUUGGGGGAUGGUGGAUCCUAUGGAGAUCUAUUUGUUAAAGCGUUAAAAACAUAUAAUAUGCUGUGCUUUGGUGUUUACCGAUUGAGAGAUGCACACCUAAGUACGCCAAGUCAGUGCAGCAAGCGGUUUGUCAUGGCAAACCCAACGUACGAUCUUAAGCUGGUAUCCUCAGACCUGAUCUUCUGUCUGAUUCAGUUUAACUACAACGCGGGGCAGUCCCAAACCAGUCUGUCCCACUCUUCCCAUUCCUCCCACUGCUCAAGCAAAAAGAGUUCCUCCGUCCAUUCGAUCCCUCCAGCCAACCGGCAGAAUCGCAACAAGCCUCGGGACCCCAGGGAAAAACAGAAUGCAACAAGGAUGAAUAGAAUGAGCCAAGAAAAGAAUUGGUUUACAGAUGAACCAGAAAAUUCCUACCCAAGAAACAUUCAGAUCAAACCCAUGAGCACUCAAAUGGCCAAUCAAGUCAAUCAGGCUAAGAACGCUGGAAUCCUGAUACCAACCAUCAGAGAAGUUGAAGAUGAAUGCUAAGUGCAGACCGUCGAUGUCAUGUGAAGUGCCGGGAUGUUCUCGUGGAAGAUGGAGCCACAGAAGCGACAGUACUGUUCCUCCCUGUACCACAGACCUUGGGUUACCAUGUGGUUAGAUACAAUAGAGGAGAUCUUCCUUCUUGUACCCAUGAAUGAUUAUUUCCAUGCUGUUUAAAAUAUUAUUUCAGCAAACAUACACACAUACAUAACACGCAUAUAUAACAUGACAAUCAAUAAGAAAUGUACAGCCCCUUGCACCUGAAAGAAAAAAAAUGUUGCUAUGAUAUAUACAUAUAAAUAUAUAUAUAUAUAUAUAUAUAUCUAAGAUUAUUUGUAAUACAGCAAUACUCCAUCCUGAUAUGCCCAGACUCCAUAAUUAUGCGUUUUGGAGAAUGAGGGUCAUUUCAGAAACAUAAAAACAGAACUACUUCCAAAGAAGGAUACUCAAGACUUCAUACUGUAUGGCAACCACACAUGUUUGUACUACUUGUACAUACUUGCACUUAGAAAGUAUUUAAAUGGACUGGGAUUUGCAGAAAAAUAGGAGUCGAUAUUGUCAUAGCAUGCAUCAUUGGCUAUGUAUUUUUUUUCCCAAGAUUGGUCAGUAAGGCAGUAAACAAGAGAUGUGACAGAAUAAUUUGAAUUAAUGCAUUCUAGCGUAAUUAUUCUAUCUUAGAUAAUACUGUCCACUACAAAUAACAAAUGAAUGUUCGGAACAAAUCAGAAUCUGUGAAAAUCUACUGUAUGUGUGUAUAUCCAUUUCAAUGAUUAUCCCAGUGGCCAAUCAAAGUAGUUUCCAAGUGUAUAAAAUAUCGUAAUUUAAUAUGUAAAUUAAGCUUUUUCAUCUUGCCAUUAUUGAUACGUCAUCAUAAAACUCAGCAGGCAUUUCACUUUUAGCAGCACAUGCAAAUGAAAAGUGAGUGUUUUUGCCAGGUGUAAGGAUACUCAGAAUGGCUGAGCUGUUUCGCUCCAGGGUGAGAGUCACUCCCCUGAAGUACCUGUUACCUUUUUUUGCAUUUGGAGAUGCACUACCGAAUAGCAUUUGUGGCAAAAUGAAUAUGAAUGAACAGCAACAGCUAUGAAAGAGCUGUCCAUAAUGCAAUGGCAUCGCACUGCCACAUAUCGCGACCGGGCAUAUACGGGUCCUCCUUUCUAACCACUGCCUGACAAAUUCUUGGCAUGGAGGCAAUGAAGUGCUUGGAUGUUCUCCAUGACAUGAUUCUGAUCCUAUAACCCAAGAAGCUUUUGGGAAUAAAAUGUUCUGAUUAUUGAAAACAGCUCAGUCAUGUUUGAGUUGCUGGACUGCUACAAACAGGCUGGCUUUGAAUGCAAUAUUCCAGUUAUUCUGCCAGACAGCCCUUCUACAAAGUUAAACGUGCUUGUUAUCCAGUUCCUGGAGUAAUCCAUGAAACUGAAGAACACCACCUUUUAGUAGCAAACGCUCCACAUUUACACUGUACAUUACUGAAGGUUUGAAAGGUGAAGCUUCACUCUGUUGUACAUUUUAUGACAGGUUUAUACCUACAAAUAUUUUCUAUCCACAUAACCAUAAAUUCCAUUUUUUUAAACAUUUAUUUUUACAUUUUAAAAUAUACAGGCUACUGGGGCACCAGAAGUACGCAUAUAUUCUAAAACUGUACAGAAAUGUUAGUAAAAGGAGUUCAGACAGACAAGCAAUAUAUUUUGUAUGGUCAUUAUUCUCCUUAAGUUCUCAUAAGUAUCUAAAAAAAAAGAAAAAAGCACUGGCAAUAAAAACAAAAUAACAUGUCCAUAUAUUGUAACAGGACCUCUUAGAGUCUAAUAGGGAUUUGCAAUUAUAAUGGUCCAGUACAAUUAGGUUUUCAUAUGGUUAUUGGCUGCUUGCAACAAUAUUUGUGCAUAAAUGAGUUCAGUUAGUUGUUAGCAAGUUGAAAUGCUUCAAAUUCAGCAUCUAUUGUAACGCAAAGUCUAUCUUCUAACCAUUUCACCUGGUCAGGGUUGCAGGGUGUAACACAAAGUGUAGGAUGACAUAAACGAAUAAUAAUUGAAAUUGUGAGCAGGGCUGUUUCUCCAAUAAAAGAGUAGGCAUGGUAUUUCCACGAUAUUUGACAGUCUCACCAAAAACACAGUGCUUUGCUACUGUCACACUUUAAAUUGCUUAAUGAAACAUACCAUGGAAAGUACAUUACGCAAUCUGCUAUUCAAAUUUAUUGCAAAAUUUUCGAUCUCAUUGAAAAAGAGUAUGUAACAGCUACAUUUUGCUUGUGUGCCUUUCGUGUACCACUGUUUCUCUUUUAUUUCUAACAAUCUCAUGACUUUAAUGUCUCUCUACUGGGUGUAGUAUGAUUUAUGUUGAUACUGAAAACCCAUGAAGUAGGUUUUUUUUUUCUGGAGUGGAAUUUUGAAUCGUAAUUAUAAGUUGUUACAUUACAUAGCUAGUAGUCAACAAAUGUAAGUAAAAUGUAUGUAUACAAAGAUUGCUGAUAAUUCACUGCUGAUACUUUCACCUUCAAUUAAUGAAGCUAUUUCCAUUUACUUCAACACCCAUAUUUUAAAAGGACACAUAAAAAUGAGCUGUUUUAUUCUUUUUUGGUUUAAUUCUAUUUUGUUGUUUUUUUUUCUCAAAAUCAAUAAUUAUUGAAAAUGUAAGGGUCACAAAUGAUUGAUUAAGAACAAUGUAAUUUGUUUUGAAACGCUUUGUGUACAUUCCAUUUUAUCUGCAUAUUUAUGAUUUCAAAUGGCUAUAUGAAUGUCAUUUCUCAAGCUCUUGUGUUUAAUUGCUGCCUUUUCGCUCCAAAAGAGUUGUGAUUACUAAUCUAUUUAACAUAUAUAACAUAUAUAAUGUUUAUCCUUUAUUUUUGAGCACUCCUAUAACAAUAUCCCGAAAAAACUAUUAUUUGUAUGAUUAUGAUUCACACAGUUUAUCUGAAUAUAGACACUCGAAUGUCAUUUUGAAUGAUUGAUAAUCACAGGAAUGUCUUCAUAGAAUGCCUUUCUGAAUGAUUGAUAUAGUGCUAGCCAAUGUUGAGGUUUACGGCGUUUCACUGCGCAUCAUUCAGUCAUUUUCGAUUGAGAAGAGUUCUCUCUAUAGAAUCUGAGGGGGAACAGAAUUUUACAUGGGCAUAGAGAACAUCCAAGCCAAAAGAUUGCCUCUAUGCCCAGCGUCAGGCAGUGUGUUAGGCCAAAGGAGGAUUCCCGAGGACCCACUAUCGCGAGAGGUGGCAGAUGUGCUUUGUGUGAUUAAACAAGCAAAGCACAUCAUGAACAUCAGAGACGCGACUGACACAAUAAAACAGUAAAAUCAUCCCAACAAAUUCAGAAAAUGACAAAGAUGCACAGUGGAAGCAGAGAAGGGCAUCGCAUUUUUAGAAAAUUGCCACAUCCUUCGUACUGAUUGUUAGUCUUUAUGCUUAGCUUGAUUUUAGGCUUAAAAAUACUAAAUACAUAUUUUGUUUUAUGUCAAUUUUACCAAUAUCAUCUGCAGAAAAGGUCACAUAUUUCCAUCUCUUCUCUUGACUUAUUUUAGGUGGAUGGAUUACACAAACAUUGUUCUUAAUUUCUGGUCAUUUAAAUGUAGCAGAUGGGGGGGUUAAAGUUUUAAGCAUCAUGAAUAUCAAUGCAAAACAUUAUUUGCUACUUAGAAAACCAGAUUAGGAGAAUUUUACAUUAAUCAUGUCAAGUGUGUACCAUUAUCUGCCACAUGUUAAUUGCGGGAAAAUAAGCCUCACCUUGCAGUCUAAUUUCUUUUAUUUUGUUUAAACUAAAGGAUUAGUGGAGAAAAUGAUGGUGCUGAGUUGAUCUACCUGACUAUGAUAUCCAGUGAUAAACACACCGUCUUGUACAAAAGGUUUGUACAUAAAUUGUACAUGGUUUCAUUUU